AUAUAGGAGUGACGUAAACACGAUGAAUGAUGAUGGUGAUGAUGGUGGCAGUCGUGAUGAUGAUGCGAUACGAAGAUGGGUGAUUUUGAUGGUGGCGAUGAUGACAAUGUUGAUAAUGUUGAGGACGAUAUCACUUGGCCUGGAACUCUACAACAUGGAUGGCCGUUGUCAUGUGAGACAAAGCCCUGCCCUAGCAGCAACUACACGUUAUGGGAGAUCCCCGUUAUAGCGCUACUGGACCACAAGCUGAAAUACCCUUGCAUGACAGUGGGUGGGUGCAUCGUUAAGCCAGAAACGGAAUCGGAUGCUUUUCAGCUUCUGUGGAGGAACUUUUACAACUUCUAUAGGAGUAAAAAGAUUCCCUUUAUUGUGAACAUGAAGCCAGGGUGGCUGAACACGGACUAUCAUUACUCGGCUUUGGAUAGGUUUAUUUUGUCCCUUCUGGAUCUUAACGACGUGUACAUUGUCACGAUGCAUCAGUUGGUUCAGUGGAUGAAGAACCCGACGAAUCUGACAACUAUUCAUGAGUUCAAACCCUGGAAGAGUCCCGGUGCUUUGGGAGCUGGGGUUUCUGUGAAUCUCAGUGUGCUUGUUGUUCUUGGAGUUUCCGUGCUGGGAUAUAUAUUUCUUGCCGCUUGGAUCUGAAGUGGACGUGUUCACGACAGUGUUCAUCAUGAUGUUCAUAGCGGUGUUCAUAGCUGUGACCACCAGGAUUUUCACGGCAUUGUUCAUCACGAUGUUCAUAAAGGGAUGUUCACCAUAGUGCCCAUAGCUGUGUUCACGGUAGUAUUUUCCCACAGUGUUCAUAGUGGUGUUUGCAUUGAUGUUCAUUGCGAUGUUUACAUUGAUGGCUGUUUACAUUGAUGUUCAUUGCGAUGUUUACAUUGAUGUUCAUUGCGAUGUUGAUAUUGAUGUUCAUUGCGAUGUUUACAUUGAUGUUCACGUCAGUGUUUACAUUGAUGUUCAUUGCGAUGUUUACAUUGAUGUUCAUUGCAAUGUUAAUAUCGAUGGGUGUUUACAUUGAUGUUCAUUGCGAUGUUUACAUUGAUGGGUGUUUACAUUGAUGUUCAUUGCGAUGUUUAAA